GCUUGUUCGAGGGCAUGUUUGGCGUCAUGUUGUACGAGAAGUAUUGCGAGUGUAUGCACCAAGCCAUUCGUCCCUCCGUGCAUCUGGUGCGACCUUUUUACAAGAGAGCUUAACGUUGGUUAAGGAGCACCUUUCAGUGGUAUGUCCUGAUGCAUCUCAGCAGCGUGCAUGGUUGGCGUGUGCCACAAUUGCAGAGUACGUCGGCUAGCGCCGUAUCGCAGCAUAUGUCAGCAACGCACACGAGUGUAGUGCGCCUGUUCACAGCGUAGCAUCGAAGAGAUAGCUGUGGUUGUCCCCGAUGGUGAUGAAUGGUGAUGCACCACCGCGGGUCACACGAAAGGCCGGAGUUUGUUUCUUAUUCCUGGUAGUGCACGUGUAGGGUGUGUCCCUUGUGCACUGCGACAGCAUACAGAGACGGAAUGGCUUCAUCGUUGUGCUUCUAGCACUACACACGUUAUAAUAUGAAUAUGCCGAUCGAGGAAUACCACACCUACCUACACGGGCCAGUCUGUUGGAGCGUCAUGGAGGUGCAUUCGAUACAGGUGUACAGUCGUUACUCUACUAGACACUGCGCACGCUACAGGACGUACGUACAAAGCGUGUAUUCACACGCGAAGCAAGCGGCGACGCAUAUGAUCAUGGAUCCUGAAUUUACCGGCCGGAUGAUGGAUGUGUUUACAUCCGAGCUUGAGAAUUUAUCUAGGAUAUUCGUAUUAGAAAGAUGCGCGAGGAAUGCUAUGCGAAGCCUGGAAGUUUCAUUGUUAACAGUCUUUGCCGUCUUGUUUAUGGCAGUAAACGAAAAUAAUUCAUACGUGCACGCAAUUAAAUAUUCAAACCUGUAUAUCGUACAUUAAAGAGAUUGGUGACUUAUUCCCGUUAUCUUUUCAAGCUACGUAUAUUUUAUAUAUACAAAAUAGCGAGACAG